UCCAGCCAGACCCGAUUCAACUCUAUGGCGGUGAAGAUCCAUCAUAAGUUAGUUGCUUUUGAAACGCCGUGAGUGAAAGUCAUAGAACAGAGUGUAGUGCUUGACUGCUGCUAAUAAAACUCCAAGAGUUGUACUGAAAUUCUCCAAAUCAUCGAAAAAUGGACGCCACUACAGUCACUUCCGUUAAAGACUACAAGAAAGUUGACACCGAUCUGAAGACUCAAUUGGAAAGCUUCAACACUCAAAAUUUGUCAAAGGCCGAUACCCAAGAGAAAAUUAUCCUUCCAACAGCAGAAGACGUGCAAACUGAAAAAUCUCAGAAGAAUUUGUUCGCUGGAAUUGAAGCGUUUGAUUCAUCUAAAUUACGACACGCUGAAACAUGCGAAAAGAAUCCACUUCCGGAUAAGGAAGCUAUACAGCAAGAAAAGGGCCAGCAAAAUUUGGUUUCCUCCAUAGAGUCAUUUGAUACAUCAAAACUUAAGCAUACCGAAACAUGUGAAAAAAAUCCAUUGCCGACCAAAGAAAUUAUCGAGGAGGAGAAGAAAGCUUAAUUUUAACGUAUAACGAGUGAUAUCAACGAGUCCAUUUCAGUUAAAAUCUAAGUAAUCAUACGAUAUAAGUCUCAAUCGCAAAAAUGUAAUAAUUUUAUGUUUAGGAUAGCAUCCAUCUUGGAACAUUCCGACGAUUUCAAAUGAAUACAAUUUUUAUUUGGGCAGUUAAAUUUGUAACACUAUAAUAAGUGUUUAUUCUCUGGUAGAUGUCUUCGAUGACUUUCAAUUUAAAAUAACUCAAUUUGAAGUUACCAGUAACUCAUUUGAUAUCUGUUAUGUCAAUCAAUUUCUUUUACAUAAUUUGACGCAAAUAUGCUAGAGAAUUUCGGUUUGUUUUAUACUUGUGCAUUCAAUUUGUUUCAGGAUGGAUAUAAAAAAAUCAAAGCUGAAAAAUUCAGUAUUACUUACUAUGUAUCGUAUUGUGAAAUGGUUUUCGUGUUGCACUCAUAUUUUUUCGUAUGCUUAAAUCAGAUAGGAAAGCAUUUUCACCAACGUUUUCAAUAUCCUAUUCCAUGACGCUGUAUCACGCAUUUAUAAGAACUGCUCAAAUGGGAGCCAAUGAAAAAGCUUAGUCGCCAGUAAGACUGGCGGAAUAACUAUCCAGAAACGAAAUUUAAAAAAGACUAAUUUUUACAACAAGAACUAGUUAUAGUAUUUUGAUACUAACUGACGAAUUACAUCGUUCAAAAACAUAAAA